AUAUCAAUAUGAUUACUUCCGCAAGUUUGAAAAUUUUCUAGGAAAGGCUAAAUUGAUAUUAUCCAGUUUUAUCAUAUACUCAAAAGGUGAUAGAGAGAUGUAACAACUCGCAUGGACUCGUGCAUGUUUUUAUUACUAUGAAUAUAAUGGUGAUCAUAUGCAAAUUGGAUUGUAUAAACAUACACAGCAUAAGGUGAUGUUGAUAUUACCUACCUUAUUAUUCACCUUUGGACCCACCAUUUGCUGCAACUUGUGGCUCAUGUUCUUCCCAAUCUUUAAGACUUGAAGCCACUUGGUAGAUUCUAAUUGGCUGCUCGGAUCUCCCUCGUUUGCCAAGUCAGCUUGACCGACUUGCAUAGGUGAUGUUGAUAACCAGCUUUACCAAAAUAGUAGUGGGAUAAUACGAAAAUAGUUCAGAAGUUGCAACCUAGUUGUCUUCACUUGGUCCUGAUGAUGGUUGAUGAAUCCAAAAGCCAAUGUCAGCAUCUGAGGACUGGACCCAAUACACAAACCCUACACAGAAACUCAGCCAGCCACAAGAUAUUCAAACAACUUUUUAAAGCCACUAACUUCUCGCCACCUGUCUUCCCCUCCAGAUUCUAUCCUUCAUUUGCCUUCUUAGUCUCUGCCUUUCAAAACAUAAAUCUACCUUAUCAUCAAACUAACUACAUCUGAAGUUAUUAUGUUGAAACAAGACCGUAACUGGACACAAGUUUGCAACACAUGCCGUUCAGCCGCAUGCACCGUGUACUGCCGAGCUGAUUCUGCCUACUUGUGCGCCACCUGUGAUGCUCAAGUUCACGCUGCCAAUCUUCUUGCUUCCCGCCACGAACGUGUUCGAGUCUGUGAGGCAUGUGAGCGUGCACCAGCUGCCUUCUUCUGCAAGGCAGAUGCUGCAUCACUAUGCAUAGCCUGUGACUCACAGAUUCAUUUAGUAAACCCACUUGCUAGACGCCACCAACGUGUUCCUAUUCUGCCAAUCUCCUCCAUGGCCACUAACCAUUCAAGUGAGACAACAGCGAUGACAGGUCCAGAGAACAUAGUGGUGAUGGGACAAGAAGAAGAGGAUGAAACAGAGGUGGCUUCUUGGUUGUUGCCUAGUUCAGAGAAAAACAGUGGUAACAAUAACAAUAGUCUGGACCUUGUUGAUUAUCAACAAGACUACAACGUACCUCGAAGUAGAUAUGCUAGAGAUGGAGUUGUUCCACUUCAAGUUGAAGAAUCAAAGGCCCACAUGCACCAUGAGCAACACAACUUUCAGUUUGGUUUCACUAAUGUGUCCUCAGGAUGUCAUAUGGUCAGUCUUGUGCCAGAGUCAACGACAAGUGACACAACAGUAUUAUUACAUUCACCAUCCCCCAAAGCGGCAACAGACCAACUACCUGACCCUUCAACUCAGAUACUUAGUCCAGGGGAAAGAGAGGCUAGGGUUAUGAGAUACAGAGAGAAGAAGAAGACAAGGAAGUUUGAGAAGAGGGUAAGAUAUGCUUCAAGGAAAGCAUAUGCAGAGACAAGACCACGGAUCAAAGGCCGGUUUGUAAAGAGAGAAGAAGUGGAUGCAGAGGCAGACCAAGGUUUCUCCACAAUGACAAUGUUCAACACAGGAUAUGGAGUUGUUCCUUCGUUAUGAUAUGAUGCGUAAGGCAAAACUAGCUUGCAUGCUUGUAAAUGUUUUACUUGUUUGAGUUCCUUAGAAGUUAUCAUCACUGUAACUUUAGUUAAAAACCAAAUAUGAAUACUGUGUUAUGUGAAAUGAUACCACCA